AGUAAUUAGUAUUUUCCAGUUUGGUCAUUCACGAUCCCAACCAACCACAUCAGGAAUUCUCUCACUUCUUCGCUCUUUUCCGGUCUCCUGCUAGAGCUAACCAAUGGCUGGUUCCCUAAACUUGGCUCUUCUGCUUCUGCAUCUUCUCGCAUUUGGAACUAUGACUAGUAUUGUUUCAGCAACAGUUUUCACGCUCCAAAACAGUUGCAGCCACACUGUCUGGCCGGGGACCCUCGCCAGAAAUGGGGCGGCAGUUCUGGGGGACGGUGGUUUUGCAUUGUCCCCCGGUGCAACCAUCCAACUCUCAGCCCCAGCUGGCUGGUCCGGCCGUUUCUGGGCCCGUACCGGGUGCAACUUCGAUGACUCCGGCCACGGCAGCUGCUCCACCGGAGACUGCGGUGGACUGAAAUGCACUGGCGGUGGUGUACCACCGGUAACCCUGGCAGAAUUCACCAUCGCCAACGGAGACAAUGCCAAGGACUUUUACGACGUCAGCCUCGUAGACGGGUACAAUGUAGAACUUGGCAUCCGGCCGUCCGGUGGCUUGGGUGACUGUAACUAUUCCGGCUGCGUGGCGGACCUCAACCAAAACUGCCCCGAGGAGUUGCAGGUCACGGACUCAGACAAGGUGGUGGUCGCAUGCAAGAGUGCAUGCCUCGCUUUUAACACUCCUCAGUAUUGCUGCACCGGCGAUCACUCGACGCCGGAGACUUGCCCCCCGACUGAUUACUCAAGGAAGUUUAAGGAAGCCUGUCCUGCUGCUUAUAGUUAUGCAUACGAUGAUGCUUCAAGCACAUUCACUUGUGCAGGCUCCGACUACGUGAUCACAUUCUGUCCCACCGGAUAGACUAGAUUAGAUGAAAUAUAUGCUUCAAAUAGUCAUAUGAGAUUUGAUCAUUGUAGGAUUUUGAUUCAAAUCUUUCAUGAAUAAAUUAUUAAAUAAAAAGUAUUUUCCAGUUUGGUGA